AUGCUGUCUCUGCUCUCGCGCACUCUGAAACCGCGCAUGGCACGCGCGUCUGCUCGUCUUGCUUGCACCGACUAUCGCCGCUGGCUGUCAUCCGGACAUUCCUCAUUGCACCUGCGCGGCCGAUGGCAGACCGCCAGCCACCCACCAGCGCCCUCGCGCACAUUCGCAACACGGUCCACUCGUCCGGGCCCUCCGAGUUCUAUCUUACUGGUUAACAAGCACCGAACACAUGCCGUUGCGGAGGCUAUUGAUGCGCUACUUUUGCACAUACGCGAAAAGUACCCUGACGUACGGUUAUACCACGAGGACCGCCCAGAUAUACCUGACGGAGUAGAGGUCUGGCGACCAGGUCCCGAUGCAGCACCGAUCGACCUUGUCGUCACGCUUGGUGGGGAUGGCACAAUACUGCAUGCCUCUUCGUUAUUCAAAGUAGGCGCUGUCCCACCUGUGCUAAGUUUUUCUAUGGGCACCCUCGGGUUUUUGCUCCCAUUUCACAUCGAUGACUAUGCAAAGGCACUGGACAGCGCGUUCAGGGGCCACGCGCUGGUGCUGAAUCGCAUGCGGCUUCAGUGCACAUUCCAAGACGCAGAUGGCGAGCAUAGCAAUCUGCAUUGCAAAGACUGGCAGGUCAUGAAUGAAGUCGCACUUCACCGUGGUUCGAGCCCACAUUUAAAUACAAUCGAUAUAUAUGUGGACGGGCAACAUCUUACGGAGUCAGUCUCAGACGGGUUGAUUGUAUCCACGCCGACGGGCUCGACAGCGUACUCACUCUCGGCAGGCGGCCCCAUCGUCCAUCCAUCCCUUAGUGCGCUCGUCCUCACCCCCAUAUGCCCGCGGAGUCUCUCCUUCCGCCCUCUGAUUUUUCCCUCUUCCUCCUCCAUCACACUUCAAAUCAGCGAACGGAGUCGUGCCUCGGCCGGUCUCUCGAUGGACGGUCAGGUCACCCACGUCCUCAACCCCGGCGAGUCCGUGACAGUGCAAGCCUCUCUGUACCCGAUCCCGUGCAUCAACCGUUCGUCGAUCGCAGAGCCCGACGAUAGCCGCACGGGCGAGGGCGUGGGCCCGGGAACGGAGGACGACUGGGUGCGUGACAUCAACAGCCUGCUGCAGUACAACGCGACGUUCAGGAGCAAGGCACUGCUGCGGCUCGGGCGGGAAGGGGAGCGGAGGUAA